AUGGAGGACCUUCUAACGACAGUCUCGACCGAUGGGUCGAGCAUCAUGCCCAAGCUUGCGCCCCAUCUCAGCCGUCACCUUCUCUUCCCGCUCAUCCAGUAUGAGAACGAACAAGCCGAAGAGCAGGGCCUAGAAGAGAAAGCCCGCAAGAUUGCCAGCGGCAAGAUCAAGCUGCUGGAGGACACCAACAUGACCGACUACGUGGCGAGCCUGUACUGCGAGCUGCACGGCACCGACGAGGCGCCCGCCGAGUACAACAAGAAGAGGCAAGAGGUGCUGGCCGAUCUCGAGAAGCACGAGGCUGCGACGGCCAAGAUUGCGGAUCUCUUGACACAAGAUGAGGUCUUGAACGGGCUGAGGAGCGACAAGCUCGCCAACUUGGAGUUCUUGAAGAAGGAGCACGGUGUGACCAUGGACAUGGUGAAUGCGCUCUUUGACUUUGGCCAGUUCCAGUUCCGGUGCGGUCAGUACGGACCCGCCGCCGAUAUGCUCUACCAGUUCCGUGUCCUGUCCACCGACAACGACAAGGUGGCUGCCGCGACAUGGGGCAAGCUCGCCUCCGAGAUCCUGCAGACCAACUGGGACGCGGUCGUGGACGAGAUCAAGAAUGUCCGCGAAGGCAUCGACACGCGCCUGUUCAGCAACCCGCGCGCGCAGCUCGACCACAGGACCAUGCUGGUGCACUGGUGCCUGUUCCCCCUGUUCAACUCGGACACGGCCCGGGAUCCCAUCCUAGACAUGUUCUUCUCCGCCGCCUUUAUCAACACCAUCCAGACCAGCUGCCCGUGGGUCCUGCGCUACCUCAUUGCCGCCGUCAUCACCGGCCGCAACCGUGGGCGCAAUUCGUCUCUCCAGCAGAAGCAGCUCAAGGACAUUGUCCGCUAUGUUCGCCAGGAGGCCUACGAGUACACCGAUCCCCUGACCCAGUUUGUGAACGCGCUCUACAUUGCGCACGACUUUGAGUCGGCGCGCGAGGCCCUCCGCCUCGCCGAGCAGGUCUGCCGCUCCGACUUUUUCCUCGCGUCCUCGGCCGACGCCUUUGUCGACGCCGCCCGCCACCUCAUCUGCGAGUCGUACUGCAAGAUCUUCAGCCGCAUGAACAUUCACGAUCUGAGCGAGAAGCUCGGCCUUAACCCGGCCGACGGCGAGAAGUGGAUCGUCAACCUGAUCCGCGAGACGCGCCUCGACGCCAAGAUUGACAGCCAAGACGGCACCGUCGUCAUGAACCACCCGCCCAAUAACGUCUACCAGCAGGUCAUUGAGAAGACAAAGGGUGGCUUCUUCCGGACGCAGGUCCUCAACGCGGCGGUGACCAAGGCGUCGUCGUGA